AUGUAUUCUUCUUCGGAUGAUGACGACGAGUACGAGGAAGAUGAGUUGAGUCAUCCCUCAGAUGGAGAGUAUGAAGUUGUGGACAUUGGUGAUGACGAAGAUUCAUGUGAAACAGAAGAUGAUCUUCAACAAGACGAAGAAGAAGACCCUUGUGAAUCUUCCAUACAUUUACCAUUGCCAACGUUUGAAACUCAAUUCAUUUUGGACCACCACAAAAGCAUUCAAUCCAAUACCAAGCACACAUUACUAAGCUUUGAAGAAUGCAGUGGAGGGUAUUAUCAUCGAGAAAACACAAGUCGUGAAUCACAAGUCGAUAAGACCAAUUUGAAACUUUUAGAAGAUUUAUUUUUCAACCCAUCCUCACUGGGCGAUAAUGACAGUGAAUACAAACAAUUUGUGAAUCACGCUAUUGAAAACAAACUGUUGUAUUAUUAUUUAUUGGUGGUACUUUGUGGCAAUAUUGGAUUGGGUGUUUUGAACAAUUAA